AUGCUCAGAGAUCGCUCAUUACGUGUUAGUGGAAGCAAAACGGAACUUGUUCAAAGGCUUCAAGAAGAUGAUGGGAAGGCGACGACUACUAAGCGAGGGAAAACAGCAGACAGCAAGAAGGCCAACGAUUCCAAGGAUGAAGCAAAUGAGGAUGCAUUCGACUAUAGAGCCAUAUGCAGACCCGAUCUGAGGUAUGAGGAUGAGGAGUAUGACUCUGAAGACGUCGCGGCUGCACCAAGGUUCCGCGAGCGAGAGCGUGAGAUGAUGGUGUGCGACAAUCUUCGCUGCAUCCGUGAAGACCCGGCCACAAAGCAUCCAGGCUGGACAUGGUUUAUCAGCAGGAAAGCACUUGACAUUGUUGCUCAAUUUCGAGUUGAAGUGCUACUAAGGGAAGCAGAGGUAUGGGACCCGAUGCAGUAUGGUGAUCAUAGUGGUUAUGGGUUUCAGGAGGUCGUUGACAAUCAUCUGGUGACAUUUAACGAGGAAAUCCAGAAGAAAAAUCCUUCUCCGGCCGCACUGUGGCCCAUAUUAGAAGCCUUUGCAUUCAAUCUGCCUGAUGACCGUGCUUAUUGGUUUCAUAUUGACGACGCGGAUGGUCUCUGUGAAACCUUGAAGAUACUUGGAGUGGCAGUAUUUUCCACGCUCAAGAUCCUGGAAGAACACAACUUGCUACGGGCUGACUCACCUGUCAAGAACAUUGCGCUGGUUCUCGCUUAUCUCCGACGUAACAUGGAAGAUUGGCCAGGGAACUGUGGUCCUGAGUAUCCCAUUGACGACGAGCUCAAAUGGUGUGAUGCUGCCAUCGUUGAAGCACAACACAGAGGCAUCGGAUUCAAGCGUGCUCCAUGGGGUAUCGAAGACAAACUGAAGAAGGAAGGUGUGGACUCAAGUCGAUAUGAAGACCAUAAGGAGACGAUCGCGGCAUGGAAGCGUCUGAAGUGGGACAAAGAGUACAAGACCUAUUACAACAAGCAUCGCGCUGGAAGCACUCUCGGUGGUCGACAAUAUGUCCUUGCCCCACAGGCCCAGGUUAAGCGGCUCAGGGAGAAGGCAAAGGUUGCCCCAUGGUACUUGCGUUGA